UUUAAUUCCGUGCCUGUCUCAGAGAGGUAUUGGAAAAUCCUUCCGGUCUGAAGAAUAUAAAAUGACAGCCCAUUGCAAAGACAAGGCAACUUCCAGCCGGCCCAGACAACCCCCAGCAUCAGUGGAAACUCAACCAGUUCUUCCCAGCAGCGCAACAUGCCCUCGAAACUCAACGCGUACUUGCUCUCUGCGCUGAUGGUGGCCGCCACGCUGCAGUGCGCUCCCGGGGCUCCGGUUGCGGACGCGCCCACCGACAGUCCGGCAGGUGACAGCUCAGGUGAGGAGGGCGAGAGCGCCAAUGACGCACCGAGAGGGGACUGGGAGGGAGACUGGGAAGAUGCCAUUGCAGUGACAAAGCGUCAUCAGAAGGAGUUUGAAGAUGAGUUCCACAUUGAGGUGCAAGCGUAUGAGCUGGAGACGCACAAUACUCCCUCACUUCCAAAAACAUGCCCUGAGAAGUCCAGCAAGGAGGCUUGUCUCCGCUGCUUGGCCCAGGGCCUGCUCACUUACACAGCUCUUCUCAAGCAUGUGGAGAAGGAGUCCCCCAGCUCGAUCCGCUCAGAGGGCCAGAGUUUCAGGAGUCUUCUCCUUAAACUGACCAGCGGUAUCAAAAAUAAGAUGAGGCACAGUGAACACGUCAAAGCACUGACCAGCAGUCAGGAGGGGCAGCUGCUGAGGGACUUCGACAGCCCUGACCCUUUUCAAAGAUUAAUGACCACAUUCAAAAUCCUGUACAAGCUCCGCGACUUCCUCAUCGAUGGAAUAAAAAAUAUCAGAAAAAAGACCAUCGUGUGGCCAAUGGGGGUACGGUACCAAUACACUACCAAUAAUUACAAAAGUAUCACAAAUCAGUUAUGAAGGAAUAUCUCAGGAAAACUGGGUGGUGUUAAUUGUCUCAGGGCUUUAAAUUGCCUGCUUUUACAUAACUUAUUUAAUUUAAUCUAUUUAUAUUUGGUGAAAAUUGUUAUAUAUUGGUCAUGGGAAAAUCCAUGGUUGUGGGUUUCUUGUACUAAAAAUGCAAUUUGUAUUUGAUAAUGAUUGGAUUUUAUUGUUGAUUUAUUUCUGGAUGUAAGAUUACUUGAGCAUUAUUGUGAUAUGAAAACCAUAUUUUUGUAGAAUACAUUUUAUAUUUACAGUACUGUUACAAUAAUGCGCUGUAAUUACAAUGCAAUGCGCUGUAAUAAAUGGUACUAUUGUCUGUAAGGAAUAUUCUGUACAUAUGCAGAAAUAAAAUAAUUUGCAUUGAUAAGAAACAAGUUUCUUCAUUCCAACACUUCUUACACGUGUCAUAUCGUCGCAGGGUUGUUUUUCCUACAAGCA